AGCUGCCCCUCAUGUCCCCCAUAACGUGGACCCUUUGGAGGCUGCUGGGUGGGAGCUCCGAGGGUUCCCCCAGCCUUGUGUUGUUCCACAGGGGAUGUCACAAUGCCCACCCAUGGGUGGAGAUCCCCCAGCCCCAGAGAUGCCAAGCUCAGCCUUGGCUCAGGCCGCAGGCUACACAGCUUUGAGAGGCUCCUGGCACAAGGGCAUACCCUCGCCUCAUCCCCAGUUUCAGCAUCCCUACUGCUCCAUCACCUGUACAGAUGUCCUUUCCUUGCUCCUCACUCAUUUCUGCCUGGCUGUGUUCACCAAGAAGAGACUCUCACCCUCCCAUCCCUCACAACCAGGUUUCUAGAAAUUCCUCGGGUCUCAAAAGGAAUUUUCCUCUGACUGCGCUUCUGAGUGCUGGCAGCACCCACAGAACGGGCCUGGAGUCAGGAGACAAGGGGACUGAUGGAGAAUUUAACAUGUCGGUCCACGUUCAUCCAGCAAACAUUCCCUGACACCUGGGCAGGGCUGAGGACAUACAGGUGAACGCCAUGUUGCCUCCUAGGACUCUUUGCAGAGGGUUAGAGUAGCACUCCCCCGUGCCCCAACAGGAGCCCACGCCCUCAAAGAGUGGGGUUUUGCCAGAGGGGUAAGGGCUUUUCAGGCAGUGCAGCCUUUAGUCGGGACUUGAACUGGAACAGAGCCUGGGAUGGCUGCAGAGCGAUGGCUUAGGGACCUCCUGGCAGGAAGGGCAGAGCCAUUGGAAAGUGUUCAGCAGGGACAUGGUGGGGAUUCGCCUUGUGUUUUAGUCAGGGCAGUCUGGUGGCUGUGGUAAGGGACACUAGCGGUGAACUUGGAGACAGGGAGACAGUAAAGGGGCCCUUGUAAAAAUCCAAGCGAGAUAAGAGGCUCGGAAUUCCCUCCCUGCCAAAGAUCAGCUUCCCAAGGGGAAAGUGUUUGAGGCAGGUGGCACCUCCCUGGGCCUUGGUUUACUCCCUGCCUGACAGGCAAGGACACUGCUGGCUGCACCACACAGUUGGCGCCACCAGGAGUGCCCCGGUUGGGGGCUGCCACCACCCUCCGAGCUGGGAGCAGCCGAGCGUAGGGCCCUCGGAGCACGUGGCCCCGCCCCCGCCCCUGGCCCGGAUUGGCUCAGGCAGGGGGCGGGGCCAGCGCGGUCGCCGCUCCAGGCUUUUCCGCAUUGGUGGUCGCGGCGGCUCGAGCCCGGAAGCUGACGGGGGCGGAGGCGGCGGAGGCGGAGGCGCCUCGAGCCCGCCGGGGUUGCGGCUCUGUCUUCGACUCGGCUCGUCCGGCUCACGGAACGGCAGCAAUGCAUACCCCGCCUCCGGGCCCGUUGGGCGACUGCCUGCGGGACUGGGAGGAGCUCCAGCAGGACUUCCACGGCAUCCAGGAGACCCACCGGCUGUACCGCCUGAAGCUGGAGGAGCUGACCAAGCUGCAGAACAACUGUACCAGCUCCAUCACUCGGCAGAAGAAGCAGCUCCAGGAGCUGGCCCUUGUCCUGAAGAAAUGUAAACCCUCCCUCCCGUCAGAGGCCGAGAAAGCUGCGCAGGAGCUGGAAAACCAGAUCAAGGAGCGCCAAGGCCUUUUCUUUGAUAUGGAGGCCUACUUGCCCAAGCAGAAUGGGUUGUAUCUGAGCCUGGUUCUGGGCAAUGUCAACGUGACACUCCUGAGCAAGCAGGCUAAGUUUGCCUACAAAGACGAGUACGAGAAGUUCAAGCUCUACCUCACCAUCAUCCUCAUCCUCAUCUCCUUCACCUGCCGCUUCCUCCUCAACUCCAGGGUGACAGACGCUGCCUUCAACUUCCUGCUGGUCUGGUAUUAUUGCACCCUGACCAUCCGUGAGAGCAUCCUCAUCAACAACGGCUCCCGGAUCAAAGGCUGGUGGGUUUUCCAUCAUUACGUGUCCACGUUCCUGUCAGGAGUCAUGCUGACAUGGCCCGAGGGCCUCAUGUACCAGAAGUUCCGGAACCAGUUCCUGUCCUUCUCCAUGUACCAGAGCUUCGUGCAGUUCCUCCAGUAUUACUACCAGAGCGGCUGUCUGUACCGCCUGCGGGCCCUGGGCGAGAGGCACACCAUGGACCUCACUGUGGAGGGCUUCCAGUCCUGGAUGUGGCGGGGCCUCACCUUCCUGCUGCCCUUCCUCUUCUUUGGACACUUCUGGCAGCUUUUCAACGCGCUGACGUUGUUCAACCUGGCCCGGGACCCCGAGUGCAAGGAGUGGCAGGUGCUCAUGUGUGGCUUCCCCUUCCUCCUCCUCUUCCUUGGCAAUUUCUUCACCACCCUGCGGGUUGUACACCAGAAGUUCCACAACCAGCAGCACGGGAGCAAGAAGGAAUGAGGCUGGGCCUUCCCUGCCUGCUGGCACGGCCCUCCGCGGCACCCCCGGCCUGGAGGGGCUUCCGAACCCCAUGUGUUGAGGGGGUGGGGGCUCCUCUCGUCUGGGAGGGUCUGUCUGCUCUUCCCUGGGUUUUGUGGGCUCUGUGGGCCCUGAAGGCGGCGCUGGAGAGGAAGACCCGGGCCUGUGUCCCCGCCUGCGGGAGCCGGGGGCCAGCGACCUCAAUAAAGGGUGAGAGGCUCA